UUUAUUAUAUUCAAAAUGUCGAGUGGGGGUCGGAUGGGGUGGUUAGAGUCCUCUACUAUGAGUGCCUCAUAUCUUCAUUUUUUUAAUUGGUUGUGGUGUGUGUCUUCUACUAUUAUAUCAGAACUUUCAAGCUGGGGUCAGAGAGAGUUAUCACCCAGAGCACCGUCACACAGCAGCAUGGCAGAGCAGGGGGGUGCCAGCGGGGGAGUGAGCUUCUCGUCCAGCUGGGGGAAGGACCUGUCCGACAGUGCCAGGCAGAGGUACCUGGAGAGCAUGAUGAGAGGUAUUAUGGAGAUGGGGAUGGAGGGCCAGAACUCAGACAUUGAAAUCAUUGUGGAGGGGCAGAGCUUUCCUUGUCACAAACUCCUAUUAUCUGCAGGUUCUCCCUACUUUAAAUCCAUGUUUAGCUCGGGUAUGAUGGAACAACGCGGAAGUCGCCUUGAGCUUCCUGACAUUGAGAAAGAGACAUUUGCUGCUUUUAAAGAGUACAUCUACACAGGCAAAGAAAAUAUCACACAAGAUAAUGUUGUGCAGUUACUCAGGGCAGCAGCCAUAUUUCAGGUUGAUGCACUACAGAAGAGCUGUGAACAGUUCUUAGGGACUGGGAUGGAUAAUGAAAACUGCUUAGAGUUAUUUAAAAUAUCUAGAACUUUUGGAUGCAACACUCUCUUUGAGCAGUGUCGGCCAUAUGUCCUGGAAGGAUUUAACGGUCUCUGGAAGACCCAAGAAUUUGUGGAGCUAGAAUUUGAUGAAGUACAGAGUAUUGUAAAGGAUGAUGAUUUAGUUCCUGUUUGUGAAGAACAAAUCUGUGAAGCAGUUUUACGUUGGAUAAAAAGUGACGUAAAAAAGAGAAAACAGUACAUUGGGAAGCUGUUCAGACACAUCCGAAUGAUCCAGAUAAGUCCAGAGUAUCUCGUUCAUGAAUUAUACACCGAUGAACUCCUAACAGAAGAUGACUCUUGUCGUAGAUAUCUAGAUGAGGCUAGAAAUUUCCAUAUGUUACCUGCCAGGCAACAUGAGUAUUGCUCCACAAGAUUCCAUCUCAGAAACAGUGAUGACAUAGAGGAAGUCAUGCUAAUUGUCACAGAAUUUGACAUGGAGAAAACAGCACAGAUGUACCAGGAUGGUAAGUGCUUGUGGGCCUUUAGCUUCCAGCAGGCUCGAUGGUACACUAUAUCUCCCAUCCCUAUAAAAGAUAAUCCUGGAUCCGAGUUCCAAACGGUGUCCUUUAGGAAGGACGUCUUCCUUGCUGGUGGAACAAACAAUUCAAAGAGUCUGCUCCAUUAUGACAGUGAGAGAAAUGAAUGGAAUCUGUGUGAGGCCCAGAUGAAAAGAGGAAGAUGUGGCCAUGUCAUGGCUGCUGUGAGGGAGUCCAUCUUUGUGGUAGCAGGCAGAAAUCCGAAGUCGAGAGCAGGUAGUAGUGCACAUGUACUAAGCUCUGUUGAGUCGUAUAACAUCAGAAGUCGCAAAUGGGAAAGUAUAGGUGAAAUUCCUACUGCCGUCCAUUCAGCAUCUUCCUUCGUGAUGUGGGAAAAAAUUUACAUUUUCGGAGGUGUUCAGCAGGAUGGGACAUGGUCUAGUGACAUUCAAGUAUUCGACACCAGAAGACGAGAAUCGUCAACCGUGGGCCAAAUCUCGACUGAUGUUGUCCCCCCUUUCAAAAUACAAAAGAUAGACGGGGACUAUAUCCUGGUAUCAGCUGACUGUAAAGUUUAUAAAAUAGAAAUAACAUGCAAAAAUGAAGAAACAAAGGUGAAAAUACAGUCCUUACAACAUACCCUGUCCAAAGCUCUAUCCCCUGUGCUAGAUAUCACAAAUUACAGAGGAAGGAUGGUGGUGUUGUCUGGCAAUGUAAAGAAGCCCAGUGUGUACUCAAAAAUGACAAUGGUGGACACAAGUUGCUCUCCUAUCAGAGAAAAACCUAUUAGACUAAGCUCUAAAAACACAACAGUUCCCAAACCCAUCCUGUCUUGUCAAAAAGGGAUUAUAGAUAAACAAUUCAUGUACCACACUUACUAUCAAUAACAUACCGAAAAAAAUUACAUACUGUGUAACACGGUAUACACUGUGCAACACUAGUUAAGGGGUGGAUCCAAGGAGAUAAAUACAGGACUUAAAAAGUCCAUGCCAAAUAAAGUUUUGCAGCGAUUAUCAAUAUUUUUAGAUAAUGUGCUUUAUUCCAUAAAUAUUGGUUAUGUAAUGUAAAUGGGCUCAUGUGUAUCUAAUUAAUUUAAACAUAUUUUACGUGUAUCAGACUGAUAGGAUUAAGCAGCAGACAUCUAUAAGGCCUAUAAAAGCAUUCGCUUAAGGUAAAGGUCAUCACAAUGGCAUGUACAUAUUAAAUAAUUUACAUUCACCAAGUGUUUUCUACUUUUCUAUUGAUAUCUGCAGCUAUGAAGACACAUUUUGUUUCAAUCAAGUUAGAUCUGAGUUUGGUUUUUUUAGCACCGUUUUGUGUGCGUAUGAAUACACAUAUAACAUUCCACAAACUACAAAUAAACAAAUGUCUUACAGCAGUGUGUCAUGACAUGUAGAUCAACUUGCAAUUCAAUAAAGAAAAUCAAACAUUCA